AUGCCCUCGACGGCAGGCAGGCCCGGCUCUCUGCCGAGGGCGCCGCCUGCCGGCGCACCGGCCCCCCGCGCAGUGCCGGGCGCUGGGGGCGCGGAGCUGCUCGGCGAUCUCGACACUCGGGUCUUCGAGGCCGUCGAGGCCGCCGACCUCGAGCUUGCGGCCAAGGGCCGCUCCGAGAAUAUAAGCUCGUGCGGCGCCGUCCUGGUCUGCGACGGCGACGGCGACGUCUUGGAGGAGCACCUGCGGGAGCAGGGGCUCGACGGCCGCGCGGGCGGCGAGGCCUUCGACCCCGCGGCCUGGGAGCCGCCCGCGCCGGACGCCGGCGCCCCCGGCGGCGGGGCUGCGCCGCCUGUGCCGGCAGCGCCCGCCGCUCUGAGGAUCAGCGACCCCGGCGCGCUGUCGGGGGCGCAGGCGCAGAAGGACGUGGUGGUGCGCAGCCGCACGACCACGGGCCAGGUGCUCUGGCCCGCGACGAAGGAGGACAUCGAGAUCCUCAGCCAGUCCAAGCUGCUCUACCCAGCGCCCUACGAGGUGGAGGGCUCCGUGAUAAUCCGGCUGGUGCGCCUGUCGGACCCCGUCACGAGCCCCGUGGGCAGGACCGUGCGCAACCGCCAGUUCGGCAUCCGGGGCAACGAGAGGUGGCAGCUGCUGACCAUGGGCGUGGUCAGCGCGUGCCUCGUCUACGGCCUCGGCUUCUGGCAGCUGCGGAGGAUGGAGUGGAAGCGCGAGCUCAUCGAGACCCGGCGGAACCGGCUGGCCAUGGCGAAGCUCCCCGUGGCGGGGAGCCCCUACCCCUGGACCGACCAGGUCCAGGACUGGGUCUACCGCACCGUCGAGGUGCGGGGGGUCUUCGACCACCGCAGGGAGAUGUUCGUCGGGCCGCGGCCUGGCACCGACGACACGGGGGCCACCAACGCCGGGUUUGUCGUGGUGACGCCCUUGCGUCUCGAGGACGGCUCCACCGUGCUGGUCAACCGCGGCCACCUGCCGGCGGAGCGCCUGGACGUGCGGACGCGUCCGGAGGUGCCCACGUGGGUGCGCGUCCGGGGUAUCCUCGAGGAGGGCGAGAUCGCGAACAUGGUCGGGGAGUACGCGAGGCUGAAGAACCGCCCAGACAAGAACCAGUUCACGUACAUGGUGGCCCAGGACCUCGCCGAGAACGCUGGCGCGCGGAAUCACCAGGAGUGUUCGCAGGCGAUCAUCACGGCAACGGACGUGCUCUACGAGGACGAUUUCCAGGCAGGCGUGCGGCGAAUCAUGCCCUUCACCAUGAAGCACAAGGAGGCACGGUGGCGGACCUCCUCUUCUGGGCCGACGAGCACACGCACUUCAACUACGCCAUGCAGUGGUUCGGGCUGGGCAGCCUCAUCCUGA